GCCAAGUUGGAGGAAGGAAAACAUCAAGCCAAGCAACAGCAAAACGCACACAAGAAAACAAGCAGCAGAGCCGCUUCUUCCCUUCUUCCCUUCCUCCCUUGCGUCCCAGCAGCAGUCUCACCAACACACAACACACAAGAACACAGAGACAUCCACUGUCCGCAACGUCUGCAAACGUCUCUCUGCAACAGCCAAGAAGUCCUAAACAGCAGAGCAGAGCCGAGGAAGAGGGAACCCAGGAACCCGUCCCUCUCCUGCCUCCUCUGCUUCUCCUGCUUUCUUCUAAACUCAACAAGCAGAAGCACUGCUAGCACUGCAGCCAACAGACUAACAGACUAACAGAAGAGCUGACAGGCCAACCCACCCAACAGCCACAGCCCAAACACCCACUCUCACUCACUCGCCUCUUCCUCUGCGGUGUGCGUGAAGGAGACGAAGGGCUGUCUACAUGGACGCAACGAGCACCUGUGCGUGCACUGCGCACACAGGACGGCGUCGUCACCAACAACGCGCAAACGCAUCCGAUCCUGAGCUUGUGCAUGUGCGUCUGAAGCAGCAUGCUGCCCAGCGAACACUGUCGUCGCAGUGGUACUUGCAGUACUUGCCGCCCGCACUCUCUUCUGCUUACCGCCGACCUCACAGCACGCAGCGCACACGUGCAUUUCCUGGGAAGCUGGUUACGCUGCUGGUGAUGGUGGUGAUGGUGAUGGCCGCACUUGGUGCGUCCUCCUGCACAGCUUUCGUUGCGCACAGCACGCCAACAACACCACUAACAACGACACACACAACACAGGCGCUGCCCGCGGAAGGCUCGCAGGCUGAUGCAUCGCUGUCGCUGUGCAGUGAGGUUGAUGCGACGCUCGUGCAUCUCACCACCACAUUGGAGACCUUUGGCGUUCCGUUUACUUGGCCAAGCAACCAUGACGUGCGGCACCCACACACCAGGAGCAAGGCGCACACCAAUUUCGCAUCAGGCGCACCAGGCACUGGGGAGGCGACACGCGCUCGUGCGCAUGUGGUGCCGGUUGACCUGUCGUCGAUUCAGCGCAUGAUGAAGGCGUUUGGGUGCUGCAACACUGGGACACGGCAUGGCUCACGACGGCCAUCAGCUCAUGGCGUGAGCGAUGUGCAGGGGGCGCAGCAACGCGACGUGCCGCACGUGCAACCCGAUGCGCCACGCGGGUCUGGGAACGGCCGCUUCUUGCCUGCUGAACCACUGCAGCACCAGCGUGUGCGGCGUGCUGACCCUGGGGUGCAGCCUGGACGGUGCACACUGGCGAGUGUGAUUGAGGGGACGUGUCCAGGACCCGAUUCCUCCAGCGUCUUCAGCAAGCCCCGCCUCGCCAUCACCUUUGCCGGUGACGAGCACAUCAACGGCAGCACGGACGCAGCUGCGCUGCGGGCCCUGUCUCCUGAGGUGGAAUCGCUACGUGUGACUGGCGCCGUGCACGUGCAGCCGUUGCAGUGGCUGGCAGACAACGGCAACUGGAGUGCAUGCACUGUCCUCACCAUCGAACGCGUCCAGCACAUCACGUUCCCACUGCGCAUCCUCAACAGGUUCACACAGAUUGAAUCCCUCGACAUUCGGCACAGCAAGGCACUCCGUUACGUGGACACGCACGCAUUCGCCCACCGCACCACCCUGCGCACACUCGCCAUCUACAACAACUCGCUCACCUCGCUGCCCGACAUGGGGGCCUGGCCCACCCUGCAAUCGCUGCGCCUCUCAGACAACCACAUUCGGCACGUCAGGCGGUCUGAAGUGGGCGAGCUCACGUCGCUUCGGACGCUGGUGCUGAGCGGCAACCUCCUCACCGAUAUUGGUGCCGCGACCUUUGACGACCUACGGGCGCUGACUGAACUGCAACUCCGCCGCAACAGCAUCGCUGCCAUCCCACGUGGGCUCUUCCACGCCCUGACGCAAAUGGCCUCGCUGACGCUGCACGCGAACCCGAUCACACACCUGGACGCAGACGUGUUUCGCGGCCUGUCCAGUUUGGCAUCUGUGUCCCUCAGCAGCACGCUACUCACCAGCCUGCCGUCCAACAUCUUCAGUUCUUCCAAGCAGUUGUUUCUCGUGGAUCUCUCCGACAACUACUUGACGGCCCUGCCCGAGCAUGUGUUUGCCGGCCAGUCCUCGCUCGCUCAGCUGCGCCUGCACGACAACAUGCUGACGUCGCUGCCGCCCGCCCUCUUCCGUGGCUUGUCCACCCUGUCCAUCCUGUUUCUCAGCAACAACCGCAUCACCUCGCUGCCCGAAGGCCUGUUUGACGCGUGCACGAACCUGAACACGCUCUUCAUCAGCCGCAACCGCAUCACGGCGCUGCCACCGCGGCUGUUCGCACGCACGCGCAACUUGUUGCAGGUUCACCUCGACAACAAUGCCAUCCAGUCUGUCGACAACCUCUUCUUCACCAACAGGCUGCAGUUUCUUGACCUGGAGGCGAACAUGCUCACGCGGGUGAACCUCAACGCCACCUUGCCCGUUCUCAUCCAGAUGGCCAUCAGCAACAACCCCAUGCAGCGCUUGCCGGCUUUGAUCGACCCUGAUUCGCUGCCGCUACUGCAAGAGCUGCGUAUGCAGGGCCACCGCAUGCCGCACAUUGACCUUGCCCUGCUGCUCAGCUUCCCCUCCCUGCGCGUGCUGGAGAUUGACGCGGCCCCUGGCAUCAACAGCAAGGCGGUGGUGAGCAGAGACACGCCGACAGCACCGCCACGCCUGCAUACGUUCAGCGCAACACAUGUCGACCUUGCGGGUGCCAUUCCGAAUAUGCCACCGCUUCAGCUGGAUGUGCUCGGCGUUGGCUGGCCAGGUGCAACAGAGACAUCACUGCCCAGGGCGUGGGUGUGUGACGUGCUGGCGGAUGCUGUGGUGUUGCUGCGCAUCACGGCAACCCAGUUUACGAUGCUGGACACGUGCGCGAACAAGACCUUCCACACGGUGCUCAUCCAAGACAACCCAAAUCUGAUGUCCGUCACGAUGUCCACGGCUGUGGUGGAGCUCAACGCAUCCGACUGCACGCAUCUGGCGCACAUUGACGCGCCAUCGAUUGACGUCUUGGACAUCAGUCGCACGCGCGUGGAGCCUCGUGCGUCCCUGUGCAGGCGGUGGGGGCGGCGUGUUGUGUUUGCGCGCGACAUGGACGAGCAGCACGUGGACCCGCAGCAUGCUGCCGCGGCACUCGGCGCGUGCUUGCUCACGUCGGAUGUGGUGGAUCUCUCGGGCAACACCUGGCUCGACAACCCUGGGGAGGUGAACUUGGCGAUUGGAGAGGAGGUUGCGCUGUCUGAGGAGCUGUUUCUGACCACCAACCUCGUCACCUUGGAGAACAGGCCAGUGCCACCCAUCUUGCAGCUGCAGGGGACGCCAAUUUCCUGUGCGAUACAGAUCACCAACAUGGACCUGCGUGUGUCGGGGGGUCACAACGCCGUCACGAAUCGCAUCGUGUACGCGUUCCACUGCACCUGUGCGCGCGGGUACAAGGCCACCUCGCGUGGGCGGUGUGAGCUCAACAAGCCAGACAUUGCCGGUAUUGCUGCUGGCUCUGUGAUUGGCGGCCUUGCCCUUGGCCUGCUCAUGGCGUGGGUGUCACGCCGCUACCGUGGGCUCACCAAGCGUAUCGACCUACAGGAGCAGCUGUUGGUGGAACGAGACGAGGAGGUGAUGGCGCUGAAGAAGGCAUGGGAAAUUGAGUACGAUGAGCUGAGGCUUGUUGAGCGGGUGGCUGCGGGUGCGUUUGGCGUGGUGUUCAAGGCAGAGUGGGACACAGUCACAGUGGCGGUGAAGGUGUUGCAGCAAGCCGUCAUGGCAUUUGACGAGAGCACGGUGCUUGAGUUUGAGAAGGAGGUGGAGUUUUUGCAGCGAACACGGCACCCGAAUGUAGUGCGGUUCUUUGGCGCGGGCACCGAUCCCAACGGCAGCCCGUUCCUGGUGCUGGAGUAUGUUGCUCUGGGGUCACUCAAAGAUCUGUUGGGGAAGGACUUGGAGGGGGUGUUGAUGGAAGUGAGGAGCAGGAAGGUCGAGGAAAGCAGCAACGGCGGUGUCGGUGAUGAUGUGAAUAGUGUGUGGGACUUGAAGCUGCGACUGCUGCGCGAUGUUGCCAGUGGCAUGGCCUUCAUCCACAGCCUCGACCAGAUGCACCGAGACCUGAAGAGCGGAAACGUGCUGGUGUCAUCAUCGCUGCGCGCCAAGAUUACGGAUUUCGGAUCCAUUCGCCAGUGCUUUACGCGUGGAGGCAGAGCCCACAGCAGCGGCCACACUCGCCUGUCGUCCAGCCAAGCUGACGAUAAUCCGCAAUACAGCCAGCGCACUGGACUGCAGACGAUGACGAGCGUGACGCUGACGGCUGGCGUGGGCACGCCGCUAUACAUGGCACCAGAGGCAUUGACGGGCGACAAGUACAGCUUUGAAGCCGACAUCUUCAGCUUUGGCGUGCUGAUGUGGGAGGUGGCGACGCAGCGACCACCGGAUCUGAUUGAGCAGGAGAAGGGGAGCGACUUCAGGGGACCACUGCUUCCUGCAAUCACAGAGCUCUUGAUGGAGGGCAAGCGGCUCAAGUUCGACGAAACGGGUGCCUUCCCCGAGUGGUUCCAGUCGCUGACGUACAAGUGCAUGGCGCAGAACCCGCGUGAGCGCCCGUCGUUUGGAGAACUCAAGGACCACCACUUUGCUUAGGCCAUGCUUGCUUGCACCGAUUGCAUUUACAGUAGAUUGUUGUCCGUUCGUAGCUUUGGUGUCGCUCGUUCCAUUGUUGGAAGUUUUAUGAUUUGGCACCCCAGUUGUUACUAGUCUCAAGCAAAGUGAAUAAACGACGACGGAACCAAA